UUCUUCAACCGGUAUCGAGUGCUGGUCAAGAAGAGAGAGCUCGCCAACACAGACAAAAAGGCCAUCUGCAGGUCUGUCCGGGAGAACCUCAUCAAGGAUCCCGACAAGUUCCAGUUUGGCCGCACCAAGAUCUUCUUCCGGGCAGGCCAGGUGGCCUACCUAGAGAAGCUUCGCGCCGACAAGUUCCAGGCAGCCACCAUCAUGAUCUAGAAGACGGUCCACGGCUGGCUACAGAAGGUGAAAUACCGCAGGUUGAAGGCGGCUACCUUAACUCUGCAGAGGUCCUGCCGAGGACACCUGGCCCGCAGGCUAGCAGAGCAGCUGCAGAGGACCCGAGUGGCCGUCAUGUUCCAGAAGCAUUGCCGCAUGCAGAGGACCCGCGUGGCCUACCAGAGGGCGCGGAGGGCCGCUGUCAUCAUCCAGGCCUUCACCUGUGGCAUGCUGGUGCGGAGAAGCUACCGGCAGGUCCUCAUGGAGCAUAAGGCCACCGUCCUCCAGAAGUACGUGCGGGGCUGGAUGGCACGCAGGUGCUUUUGGCGACUACAGGGUGUGGCCGUCGUCAUCCAGUGCGCCUUCCGGAUGCUCAAGGCCAAGCAGGAGCUGAAGGCCCUCAAGAUCGAGGCCCACUCCACAGAGCACCUGAAACGCCUCAACGUGGGCAUGGAGAACAAGGUGGUCCAGCUGCAGCGGAAAAUCGAUGACCAGAACAAAGAGUUCAGGACGCUGCCGGAGCAGCUGUCGGCGGUCACCGCCACGCACACCAUGGAGGUAGAGAAGCUGAAGAAGGAGCUGGCCCGCUACCAGCAGGGCCACAGCGGGGACAGCAGCCUGAGGCUGCAGGAGGAGGUCGAGAGCCUGCGGGCUGAGCUGCAGAGGGCCCACUCAGAGCGCAAGAUCCUUGAGGAUACCCACACCAAGGAGAAGGAGGAGCUGAAAAAGCAAGUUGCAGUCCUGGAGCAAGAAAACGCUCUCUUAAAAGAUGAGAAAGAACAGCUGAACAACCAAAUCCUGUGCCAAGUGAAAGAUGAAUUUGCCCAAAAUUCUGUCAAGGAGAAUCUGAUGAAGAGAGAACUAGAGGAGGAGCGCUCCCUGUACCAGAACCUUGUGAAGGAAUAUUCGCAGCUGGAGCAGAGAUAUGACAACCUCCGGGAUGAGAUGAGCAUCAUCAAGCAAACCCCAGGCCACAGGCAGAGCCCAUCAAACCAAAGUAGCUUAGAGUCUGACUCCAAUUACCCCUCCAUCUCCACAUCUGAGGUCGGAGACACAGAGGACGCCCUUCAGCAGAUGGAGGACAUUGGCCUGGAAAAGGCGGCCAUGGACAUGACGGUCUUCCUGAAGCUGCAGAAAAGAGUGCGGGAGCUUGAGCAGGAAUGGAAGAAGCUGCAGGUGCAGCUGGAGAAGAGAGAGCAGCAGGACGGCAGGAAGGUGCAGGGGGAGCAAGCGAAGAGUGACCUAGACUAGGACCAGAAUGCAGAUCUAGCCUACAAUAGUCUGAAGAGGCAAGAGCUGGAGUUGGAAAACAAGAAGCUGAAGAUGAAUGACCUGAAUGAGCUGAGGAAAGCGGUGGCCGACCAAACCACCCAGAACAACUCCACCCACGGCUCCCCGGACAGCUACCACCUGCUGCUGAACCAGCUCAAGCUGGCCAAUGAGAAGCUGGAGGUUCGCAAGGAGGAGGUGCUCAUCCUGAGGACCCAGAUCGUCAGCGCCGACCAGCGCCAACUUGCCGGCAAGAGCAGGGAGCCGAACAUUAAUGCCAGAACAAUUUGGCCUAAUAGUGAAAAGCAUGUAGAUCAGGAAGACGCCAUUGAGGCCUAUCACGGGGUCUGCCAGACAAACCGGCUGCUGGAGGCACAGCUGCAGGCACAGAGCUGCGAGCAGGAGGAGGAGGUGGAGGGCCUCAAGAUGGAAAUGGAAGCCCUGAAGGAGGAGCUGGACAAGCAGCAGCAGACCUUUUGCCAGACGCUGCUGCUGUCCCCGGAGGCCCAGGUGGAGUUUGGUGUCCAGCAGGAGAUCUCCCGGCUGACCAACGAGAACCUGGACCUUAAAGAACUGGUAUAAAAGCUGGAAAAGAACGAGAGGAAGCUCAAGAAACAACUGAAAAUUUACAUGAAGAAGGUCCAGGACCUAGAAGCCACCCAGACACUGGCCCAGAGUGAGCGGAAGCGACAUGAGCUCAACAGGCAGGUCACCUUCCAACUGAAGGAGAAGGACUUCCAGGGCAUGCUGCAGUACCACAAGGAAGACGAGGCCCUUCUCAUUCGGAACCUGGUGACAGAGCUGAAGCCGCAGACGCUGGCGGGCACCGUGCCCUGCCUUCCUGCCUACGUCCUCUACAUGUGCAUCAGGCACGCCGAUUACGUCAACGAUGACCUCAAAGUGCACUCUUUGCUGACCUCCACCAUCAACGGCAUUAAGAAAGUCCUAAAGAAGCACAACGAGGACUUCAAGAUGACAUCAUUCUGGUUAUCCAACACCUGCUGCCUCCUUCACUGCUUGAAGCAGUACAGCGGGGAUGAGGGCUUCAUGACUCAGAAUACACCCAAGCAGAAUGAGCACUGUCUUAAGAACUUUGACCUCACCGAAUACCGCCAGGUGCUGAGUGACCUUUCCAUUCAGAUCUACCAGCAGCUCAUUAAAAUUGCCGAGGGUGUGUUGCAGCCUAUGAUAGUCUCCGCCAUGUUGGAAAAUGAGAGCAUUCAGGGUUUCUCUGGUGUGAAGCCAACUGGCUACCGGAAGCGCUCCUCCAGCAUGGUAGAUGGGGACAACUCCUACUGCCUGGAAGCCGUCAUCCGCCAGAUGACUUCCUUCCACACGGUCAUGCGAGACCAGGGCUUGGACCCUGAGAUCAUCCUGCAGGUGUUCAAGCAGCUGUUCUACAUGAUCAACGCCGUGACCCUCAACAACCUGCUGCUGCGGAAGGACAUCUGCUCGUGGAGCACCGGCAUGCAGCUCAGGUACAACAUAAGCCAGCUUGAAGAGUGGCUUCGGGGAAGGAACCUUCACCAGAGUGGAGCCGUCCAAACCAUGGAACCCCUGAUCCAAGCAGCCCAGAUCCUGCAGCUAAAGAAGAAAACCCCGGAGGAUGCGGAGGCCAUCUGCUCCCUGUGCACCUCUCUCAGCACGCAGCAGAUUGUCAAAAUUUUAAACCUUUAUACUCCCCUGAAUGAAUUUGAAGAAUGGGUAACCGUGGCCUUUAUACGAACAAUCCAGGCACAGCUACAAGAGCGGAAUGACCCUCAGCAGCUGCUGUUAGACUCCAAGCACAUGUUUCCCAUCUUGUUUCCAUUCAACCCAUCCUCGCUGACAAUGAACUCAAUCCACAUCCCGGCCUAUCUGAACCUGGAGUUCCUCAGCAAGGUCUGA